UUGACUAUAAAGAGCUAGGAAAAGGGAGAAAGACAGCAUUUAAGCCUGCCUUUGAGUCUUCAGCAAACUUGGCCAUGGCAGAGGGACGGGUCCAGUCACUUCAUUACUCCAUAGGGCUCCUAGGCAUUGCUUCAGGAUCCCUCUUGCUAGCUGUGCACUCCUACAGCUUCGCCAGCCCAGCCCCUCUGAUCCCCAGCACGGCUCUGGGCGUCCUUCUGUUUGUUAUAUCAGCUCUCUUGGCAUAUGCAGGAGUUCAGAAGAGCCUGAGAAGUGCCUCUUUGUUCAAGUCGCUGUGUCUGACCAUCUCAGUGCUGUGGUGCAGUUAUGGAGUCAUCCAUAUCCUGGCAGGGCAAGGGGUCCUGAAUGGCAUGGAUGAUUUCCGCAAUGCCGUUGUGCCUGGCUUGGCAACAUUUAUUUUGGGGCUCCUCAUCAUUGGGGUGGUGGGCAUCCUUCAAAGAGAGCUCAUCCUUGCCAUGGUUGCUUCUUGCAUUUCGCUUGCCUGUGCUCAUGAAAUUGCCAUGCUUUAUAACACAGCUUUUGGUUCCUCGGCAGUGGCUUGCAAUUAUAUGAUUGUCUGCUUCUUUGGGGGCUAUUUUGCUGUGGGGAGGGGUCUUUAUUUCCUCAGCAAGGAGAAAAUCACCCUUCCUGGCACAGAUCUGGCCAAGAGCAAGACCAAUGAGCAGGUCCAGGCCAAUGAUACCAAUACAAAUGACUUGGCAGUCAUUGGUCUGAUCUUGAACAUGCUGUCUGCCAGCGUCUUUGGCUGCAGGCUCCUGGGAGUGACCAGCAAUCUAUUUGUGGGCCAAGUACCUUGGCUUUGGGCAGCCGGGAUUUACCAGAUUGGGGUCUGCAUUUUCUCUUACCGGGCCCUGGAUACAUUGGCUGCCACAUUCUUUGGUUUCACCUCGGUGUUGAAAUUUGCUGGAGGCUAUUCUCUCCUGUACAGGAUCUGGCAGCAGGAUGAGCCAGUUUUCCCAGUCCCUUUCUUGGUGGUUUUCGCUAUCCUCUUUGCUGUCUUGGGCCUUUUCAUCACCAUUAAAAGCCUGGUGGAUGGCCUGUAUUUGCUCUUUUAUGUGGCCUACUGCAUCGCCCUAGCCUGUUGCCCUCAUGGUUUUUUUGAAGGUGGUCCCCAAGGCGUGGAUGUGGCCAUCUUUGUGGCCUCAGCCCUUAUGGCUCUCAUUUACCAGUACAACAUGAAGGCAAGUGCCAAAAUCCCUACAGGGGAGGGAAUGGUCCAGGCCUUGCUCUUCCGCAGCAGUCAUCUCAAACUUCGUGAAGGGAAAGACCUUCAUGCUCCCUACCUUGGCUAUUCCAAGUAUGCCGAUGCCGAGGUGCUUGGCUUUGCGUGCAGUGUCCUUGCUUCCUUUGCUAUCACGAUGACAGUGGACCCAAGGGCACCACUUGCUACCAUUGUCAUACCCUGGGUGGUGGUAGCCGGAGGGAUCCUUAAGCUUUUAUGUGGUUCAGUAGCCUUUGCCCGUGGUAAGACCUUGGAGAGCAGUGCCUUCAUUCUCUAUGGGGUCAUGUGGAUCAUCUGGGGCUUAGCCAGAUAUGGUGGUCUCUAUGGCACUAGCAGGGGCUUCCAAGUAGCUGUAGGCAUCAUUGCCCUUAUGCUUGUCAAUUGCUUCAUUGUCUUCUGCACUCUCUUCCUAAGCAUUUCCUGGUUCAUUUACUCCCUCACCUUCUUACUCAUACUCAUCAGCUUCUUGCUGGAUGCAGUCAAUGCCAUCCCAGCUGGCUAUGAUAUUGCUGUCACUAUCAUCUUUGGGCUGGCCAGCUUCUACUGCUUCCUGUCUGCUCUUUUCAACAGUACCUUUGAAGGUUCCCACUUCCCUGUGGGUAGGCCUAUUGUGAAACUCAGUGGUGUUGGGGGAGGAAGCACCAAAUGCCUUCACUUGCCUGCCAGGAAAGCUUCCUCAGUCAAGCAAAUUGCAGAGAUCAUGAAGAAUGGAGGAGCUUGUGGCAUCCCCACCGACACAGUAUAUGUUCUGGUGGCAGCCUGCAAUCGACCUGAUGCCAUAGAGAAAGCUUACAAGACUAAGCGCCAAGCUCAGGAUCGCCCCAUGUCACUUUGGAUUUCUAGUCUGAAACAGCUGGAACCUACCAAACAUUUGUUCAACCCCAUACUGUGGGAUUUCAUGGCGGCUGCCUGGCCAUCUCCCAUUAGUCUGGUGGUUCCCAGAGGGAAAUGGGUGGACUUCCUGGGGAUGAAAGACUCUGCCAGAUAUGUCGGUAUCUCUCAGAGCAUCGCCAUCCGUAUACCCGACUGCUCCGUCACCACACAUCUCAUUGAUCUGGUUGGCCCCAUUGCAGUCACAUCAGCCAAUCCAACUGGAGAAGCAGACACCACCCACCACAAUCAGGUGUACGCCAAACUGAGAGACAAGGUGGAUGCAGUUUUAUGCGAUGGGCCUUCUCCAGAGAACAUUGCCUCCACUGUUGUGGACUGCACCAAGAUUGAGAGUGGAAACAUAGGGUUCUUCAGGGUCGGCAUUGUUCCGAAAUCCCAGGUACUACAGAUACUGGAGCAAGUGCAGAGGAAACACAUGCAGGGCCAUACCAAUGGCAGCAUUUCAAUGGCGGGCCAGAAGAAGCAGCAGCACCUCUUCCAUGCCAUCUCCAAUGGGAUACAUGCUGCCAGCCCAGAAGAGAGCACAUUGACAUCAUUCACUAACAGUGCGUUCAGCACUGAUGAAGAGGGAGCAAAGCUCUGAGCAACCCAGUUACACAUUCACCAGGGAAGGGCUUUCCAGAGGAUUCGGUAUGUGGAAGCUCACAUCCCCCCAACCGGCCCGUAUGCUUGGAAGGAACACUGCGAAUGUCUGCAUUUUCAUCCAGAGAAUCUUUAAGUAUGUCUUCCUGGCUAAGGAUGAGAUGAUACUCCCGAGGUGACUGUAAGGGCAGAGGGCCAUGCCUGAUGUUCAAGAUCCCUCCGAGUGGCCACGUGCUGGUCAUUCAGAAAAUCCUGAACCUUUGAACAAGCCUGAUCCCACUGCAAUGCCUUUCCAACUUCAGCAAUACUAAGCACAAAAUCUGUUACAAGCUUCUGGGUUAUUGCACUAAGGGUGGAAAUAAUAUAUAAUUUACCUAUUCCCACUUGUGUCUGGGUCAAUUGUGCUCCAGUAAUAAGGCCUGUGGCUUUUUCUAAGUGUCCCAAUUUUUUUUCUCAUGUUCUUGACU